AUGGAUAUUCCUGAACAUACGUCAUCGAGGAGAGAAGGGUCAGCCGCCCCGCAUAAUUCAUCAACUGCAGAAGCAUCUGAUACACCUGUUGCAUCAUCUCGGGGUAGCCAGCCAAUACAUAGGCAGGUUGAACAAGAAGUACAGGGGCUAGAAAUGAGACCAAGGGGUAAAAAUUUUAAAGAACUACGAAAGAUGGGAGCCGUUGACUUUGUUGGGACUACUGAUCCUGCCGAGGCUGAGAUAUGGUUGAAGAGGACAGAGCUGUCUCUUCUUCAGGGCGAUGCUUACUAUUGGUGGGAGACUGUCCCACGAGCUAUGAUACAUCCUCCAGUACUCAGUUGGGAUGACUUCUUGAGAGAGUUCAGUGAUAAGUAUAUGCCACCAGUGUAUCGUGAUGAGAAGCAAAGAGAGUUUUUGUCCCUUAAACAAGGAUCUAUAUCAGUUGCAGAUUAUGAAGUGAAGUUUACUCAGCUUUCUCGUUAUGCAUCGCAGCUAUACGAGCAGAAAGACUAG